AUGGGAUACCCCGAGGAAGACCACACACACUCGGUCGAUAUGGACAUCAAGAAUGGCACACUACCAGAAGGCAAGGCAGAUGCAGCCCUCGAGUUCCUACGCGAUGAAGACACCGGUAUCGCAGUCGAAAUUAACGAGAAGGCGCUUGUUCGCAAGAUCGAUUGGAUGAUCAUGCCGUUGAUGUGGGCAGCGUAUAACCUGCAAUACCUCGACAAGGUGCUCAUCAACUAUGCGUCCGUCAUGGGCCUACUCAGCGACACCAACAUGCGGACGAACCAAUUCUCCAAUCUCACCCUAGCUUUCUACGUGACAUAUCUCUUCUUCGAGCUACCGACUGGUUAUCUCAUGCAGCGACUGCCUACUGCGAAGUACCUGGGCUUCAACGUCAUGCUAUGGGGUCUGAUGACAACUCUCAACUGCUCGGCAAAGAACUUUGGCGGGCUAAUGACGCUGCGAGUACUACUUGGGUGCUUUGAGAGCGCCAUUGCGCCGGCUUUAAUUCUGAUCACUUCCAUGUGGUAUAAAAGGAACGAACAACCACGGCGAAUGGGAAUUUGGUAUCUCGGCACCGGUACGGCGUCCAUCAUGGGCGCCCUAGUUGCAUACGGCCUCCUCUUCUAUACGAGCGAUCAUUUCAAGUCAUGGCAGAUCAUGUUCCUAAUCUUUGGACUUAUCACAAUCGCCGUGGGUAUCUGCAUCUUCAUCUUCCUUCCCGACAAUCCGAUGACCUCGCAAUUGACACACGCCGAGAAAGUUCUUGCAAUUGAGCGGCUGCGCGAGAACCGCACCGGUAUCGAGAACAAGCAUUUCAAGUGGCGCCAAUCCAUCGAGGUUUUCAAAGAUCCGCAGACUUAUUUGAUCGCUAUCGUCGUGACGGCCAUGGACGUACCCAACGCCGCCGUCAGCAGCUUUACCUCGCUAAUCAUCAAGAACAUCGGUUUCACCACCAAAGAAACCGAGCUUUUGAACGUCCCCAACGGAGUCGUCAGCAUUAUCAGCAUUCUGACAGUCACACAUAUCGCAUCUCGCUACGACCAGCGCUGCCUCUCCGUAGUCCUCGCACUGAUGGGCGGCUUACUAGGGAGCUGUCUCCUCGCAUUCUCACCCAAGGACAUGAAAGCCGCCCAGCUAGCUGGGAAUUACCUCACACAAAUGACCGGAUCUGCUCUGCCACUCAUGUACUCCAUUACUGGUGCCAAUGUCGCCGGGCACACGAAAAAAAUCACCAUGAAUGCGAUCUUGCUCAUGUCUUUCUGCCUGGGUAAUAUCCUGGGCCCGCUUACCUUUCGCACACAGGAUGAGCCUGAUUAUAUCCCUGCGAAGAUUGCGCUCGUUGCUACUAUCUCGGUGGCGAUUGUGUUUGUGUUGCUUUUGCGUGUUUACUAUGGUUGGGAGAAUCGGAGAAGGGAUCGGUGUCAUGAGGGUGAGAUGCAUGUGCAGAACUCGGAGUUUUUGGAUUUGACGGAUCGGGAGAAUCGAGAGUUCCGGUACAAGUUGUAG